AUGAUAUCAUACGAUUUAUUACCAAAACAAGGUGUAAAUGCAAGGAAAAAUGUUACGGUUAUUGGAAAUCAAUAUAUUUUCAAUUAUCCUUGUGAAAAUACAUCAGAUUGCACUGAUUACAUUGUUCAAUUAUCACAUGGUACAUUCAAAUUCGAAUUAUAUGGUGCCAGUGGUGGUAGUGCACGAGAUAAAGUUUCUUCAUUCCGAAACAAAAAUAAAGUUUGCAUCUUAGAUGAAAUUGUCCAACAAUUCCAUGGUAAUACCGAAUGUUUUCAACAAGAUAGUAUUGGAGGUGCAGGGGGCUAUUUAUCUGCUACUAUCACAAUACGAUCUUCCAUCACAUCCUUUUUCACUAUCGGAGGUAAAGGUAUAUUCGGUAAAAAAGGUGAUAUGUCUGAGACUAUUGAAUGUUUUAAGAAAGAGAAUAUGCAACCAGGUGGAUAUGGUGGAGGAGGAAGCUCCUCUAACUAUCCAAAGGGGACGGGUAGCGGAGGCGGCCAAACAGCUGUCAAAUUUCUUGAAAACAAUCUCUGGCAUCGCGUUCUUGUGAGCGGUGCUGGUGGAGGGUGUGAUGAUAACUAUCCAGAUGAUGGAAGCGGAGGUGCAGGAGGAAAUCUUGUUGCACAAGGUUGGUUCUAUAGCGGUGAUUAUGUCGGAAAUUAUACAGCAAAUUCCACAUUUGGAUUUUCAUUUGGUCAAGGAGAAGCUGCUCGAUUUGGAAGGAGUAAACAUCCUUAUGCUGUACCCACAAGUAGCAUUCAAGAUAUUGGAGGUGCAGGUGGUGGAUGGUUUGGAGGAUUUUCUUCUCAAUCAGGUCAAGGAGGUGCAGGUGGAGGUUCUUCAUUUGCAUUGACAAAAGAUGCUAUUAUUCCUCAAGGAAAUAUUUCUGCUUAUGAUGAGUUUUAUAAUUUAAUUGAUUCUAAACCAUAUGCAUUUAAUUUAAACUCAGAAUUCCUCUUCAAAGAUGUUAUUCAUAUCCCUGGUAUUUGGGAAGGCAACGGACGACUUAUUAUUACAAUUCUUGACUCAAAAUUAUUUAUAUCUUGUAAUAUCAUUUCUCCAAUCCACUUCAAUCCAUCAUUAAUAUUUGGAUUGAUUGAAUCAUAA